UACCAGCACUGAACUCAGCUCUCUAGGUCCCCAGGGAUGGGCCACAGACACAGGCAGCACAGAAACCCAGUGGGGAACCCCACUUCUCAGGGGCCUCUGCUGGCAAGGAUCCCAGGCUGGAGUUUCUCAACCUCUCAGCGCUGGGGUUGCACUUCUACAAUGGGAAAUUACGCUCCCACUUUCUUUCCUAAAGGGAAAAGGGAAGAAAGCGGUGACAUGGAGGGAUGACGUGAUGCAUCACAGCCCGGCAGCAGAGCUGUAACUGCCAGCCCCAGACCCAACCCGGCUCAGCCCCACAUGCUCCUGAGAGCUCACAGCUGCAAUGUCAGACUUCGAGGGGCCCCUGGCAGUAAGGAUCCCUGUGCCAUGGGAUCAGGUCCUGGAAGGGAACUCUUUUGAGUUUCUGGCCAGGCCUGAGGAUUUGGGUACCCAUUUCGGCUGUCCUGGGCCCAGCUUACCUUCCGAACAUCAGGAGGAGGUUUCCUGCAGCCUCCCGUCCAUGGAGAGAGCCCUCACGGUCCUGCAUGUGAGCCUGUACCAUCCCAAGCAGGACCCGGCCACCUUUGCCAAGGUCCCACCACAGCUGCAGCACGGUACCAGCCCGCUGCUGGUGGGGCGGGCCCCGGACGCCCACCUCCAGCUACAGCUCCCCUGCCUCUCCCGCCGACACCUGUCCCUGGAGCCCUACCGGGAGAAGGGCAGCGCUCUGCUGACCUUCUGCCUGAAGGCCCUGAGCCGCAGGGGCUGUGUGUGUGUUAACGGGUUGACUUUGAGGUUCCUGGAGCAGCUUCCUCUGAGCCCAGUCAAUAGGGUCGCCUUCUCCGGCAUCCAGAUGGUGGUCCGCAUAGAAGGGGGCACCUCGCUGGAGGGCUUUGUCUGCUGCUUCCAUCUCAGCCCCUCACCCCUGAUUCACAGGCCGCAGGCUGAGGAGACCGACGAAUGGGAGAGCACCUUCCAGGGGCAGCCUCCCCGAGGUUCUGGGCCAGGGGCUCCAGGUCACCAGGGGCUUCUCCAUGGCCCUUCCCUGCCUAGCCCUGGAGGAGGAGCAGAAACAUAGCUCCAGAAGGAGAUCUCAGAUAGCGGGUUGUGCUAGCCCCACCGGCUGCCCAGAGCAAGCCUCGCCCCUAUGAGGACUUGAACUCUUGCAGCGACACCAGACGGAGGUUGCCCAGCAAGACCUGCUGGCUAACAAUGAACUGAUUCUGCGAACAUGCAUAGCCUGGGGUGGGGGUUGCGGGGGGCGGGGGUGCACGGCACAUCCUCCGUGGUUACAGCUCUGUAAGGUAAUGGGAGCUUCCUAUACUUUUAGAGGCCCUGAGGGGUUCGGAGAGCCUCUCUCAAGCCUUUCCCCACCUUUCCCUCCUCUUGUCUGCCUAGGAGUUACUUUAUGUUGCUAAUUUCGUGUGUUGCUUAAGAGCUAGAGUUUGAGGUUGCGCCAGGAAUGCAUGGACACAUGUAACAAUUACGUUUGUGGUAGCUCGGGGUUACCUUGGGCUUUCGAAUACUCACAGGCACUCGGGGCUUAGGGAAGCCUGUGUUUAAUAAACUGCAAGUAUUUCA